AUGAAUUCAACACUGUCUCCGCUGUUAAGUCCACUUCCCGCUGGCUUUAGUACCAAUACCUCAGGCUCAAUAUGGGGAUGGUACAACACCAAGAACCUUGCAGUGCUUCCAGGAAACUUCAAUCGCACUUCAAAGGUGGAGCACAUCAUAAGCUUUCCACCUGAUACCAAUCAUGAAGCAGCUUGCUUUGUUGAAGCGACUAAUCAACUAUUUUUCGCCGCUUGGGGAUUUGAUCAUAGCUGGCAAUAUGUUUUGGAUGUUGAUACUAACGAAUUGCACAAUAUCACGACGGAUCCGCCUACAUGGAAUGCCCAUGGAUGUGUGUAUUACAAUGGCUCCUUGCACGUGGCUACAGAUGGAGGAGGCGCUGGGGCCGGAUAUCACGCCUCAAUUGUGAAGAUCGAUCCCAAAACUCUCAAGGCGGAAACUCUUCUCAAUAAUUUUUACCAACAGCCAUUUCUUGGUUUCAAUGAUUUAGACAUUGAUCCCAACGGAAACAUCUGGAUUACCGACUCUAUAUCCGCUUGGUGGGUGUUUCAGACCAAGGGAAAUGCAAAUGGCAUCGCUUUCGCAGAAGACGGAACUCUUUACGUGGACAGCACCGGCAUAUCGUCAGGGCGUCCCAACGUGAAAGACCCUUUCAAGACCAGAGCAUUGCUUGCUUACGAUACUCGAGAUGGACAGCCACAGCUCCGCAACGAACGAUUAUUCUCAAACUCGAUCUCGUAUUAUUGCGAUGGAGUUCGAGUCUCGAGGAAUGGGCUGGUGUUUUGCGGUGCUGGUGAUGGCAUUGAUGUUAUUGAACCUAAGAAUGGUAUUACACUGGGGAGGAUACGGACGGGUGGUGGAGACCCGAUCGAUGCUGCUGUCAAUCUUGCGUUUGAUGGGCACACGCUGUGGGUUGUUGGUCAUGGUGGAGUGUGGAAGGCUAGUGGGAUCAACGAACUGCUUACUAGGAAGUGGUAAUGGGGUUAUGAGAAGCAUUCUUCCAAUCACAUCG